UAGAUUUAAUCAAUGAAUUGUUCCAGCUGUAAUUAUUGUAUUUUUUAUGUGUUUAUGAAACACUUCUCGGCACUUACAAAGCACAACACAAACAACACAUGUAUGCAUUAUGAGUAUCAUUCACAUACUGUUGAUUUCUUCAGGUGUUACAAAUACAAAUUAAAUCUUUUGUUCUAGCAGUUUGCAGUGAUCAUGCAUGCAUGUAUCUUUAAAAAUGCAUACUAGAUUAAGAACUGCGGGACGAAUUCACCGCUGCUUUGAUUUUAAACGGCUACAAUGCACAUGGCAUGAUGUGUGGCAUGAAUCAGGAAGUGGUAAUGAAACAACAAAGCCAGAGAAAGCAGAAGUGUGUCUGGCACAGUGCAGACAGUCAGACAGACACACUGAACGUUCCACUGAGAGACUGGCAUCCGUGAGGUAAGAGCACAACUACAUUUCACAUUUUCCACUGUACAAGAUCCCUAACAGCAAAACAGUGCCAGGUUAAGACUUUUUAAGGGUUGCAGUUAACGACGAACCAAACGUGUGUGUAGCACUUUUGUUUAAAUGUUUAAAUUACAAGCCAGACUUUUAUUGCAAAUACUCUAAAAUGAGAAGAUUUAAGUAACGAAUAAGUGUAAAGGAAUUACAAAAUAUUAAUUAAUUUUAUUGGGAACGACAUUGAACUAAUUGGAAAGGGCCUCAAUCUUGAUCACUUAUAUGAGCCAGCAACAUACAGUGUAUAUAUCUGCCAAAAUUAUUGUCACUUUUAUCAUCUUGGAGGUCAAGUGGAUGUUUUAUUUAUUUAUUUUUUUUCUUCUAGAUGCACGGCCACAGAGUUCAGAGAUAUGAUUUUGGUUUUUCUCUGUACAACCAUUGUGUUAUAACAGCUUGGGGUUUCUUUGUCACGAGCUGACAUUUUCCUCUAGAGACGACUGCAGAGUAACUCCAGGUUCCACAAAAGACCUGAUUCUUUGUAUUAAAAUCUCUAAACUCUCAGAUCCUUAAGGGACUCGUGUGUUUAAUAAAGACAGGUGCACUGGAAAGGUCCAACAGCCAGUGAAAACACAUAGCUAUGUUGCUGCAGGUGCCUAAUCUGAUAGAUCAAGAGUCAAGAUUAAGAUAUUUCUUUUCAAAUCUAAAUUAAAUUAAAAGUCUAAAUAAUUCAUCAAUUUACUUCAACAUAUACCUGAUGUAUUACUUCUAAUUUAAACUUACAAUGAACAUUUAGAGCAUGUGAUUUAAACUAAUACAACAUGUUCUCUUGGUGUUUUUGGCCUUUACAUCAGAAAGCAGAUACAAAAAACUAGUUCUCAGCUAGUGAACUCACACAACUGAGAGGUUUCAAGUGGCUUGAUACAGGAGCAUAUCUGUGUGGGAACAAAGAGUAAUGACAGGAAAGACAAGUUCACUUUGAAAUCCUGACAAAGCUGUUGAAAUUAAAUCAAAUCAAAUCUACAUUCCCUGCAGCAGCGGCAGCGACACCAUGACAAGCAACUGUUCAUUUGAAGAGGUGGACAACCUGAUGAGAUAUCUGGAGCUGGUCAUCUACAUCCCCAUAUUCCCCUUUGGUCUGAUCCUUAAUGUUGUAGCUCUGUUAGUGUUCUGCAUCUUUCUGCAAAAAUGGAUGGAGUCAACUAUCUACAUGACCAGCUUGGCUCUGAUGGACCUGCUCCUCCUCUUCCCUCUUCCCUUCAAAAUGCACGCCACCACUCACCACUGGCCGGCCUACCUCCAACCUCUCUGUUCAGUCUUGGAAAGCCUGUAUUUUGUUGGGAUAUACGGCAGCAUCUACACCAUCAUGUGCAUAGCUGUAGACCGAUGGUUGGCUAUCUGUCACCCGUUCAAAGCCAAGCAACUGCGUUCACCCAAAGCGGCUCUGGGGACCUGCAUGGGGGUCUGGGUGCUGGUGCUGGUUGUGAUCACUCCAAUCAUCUAUCGCUUCAGGCAGGCCGGGGAGACGGACUUCCACUGCUUCCACAGGUUUUCAGAGAAUGGCUGGAGUCCUCAAGUGAUCAUAUGUCUGCAGUUGUUUGGGUUCCUGGUGCCUGCGCUGGUGGUGGUUUACUGUUCGGUCCAGACCAUCUGGGUGCUUCAGCAGUCCGGCAAGCGUAGCCCCAGGAGCCGAGCCUGCGUGAAGAUCAUCUACAGCAGUCUGAGUGCCUUCCUGGUGCCUUUCACCCCCAGCCACCUGGGCAUCCUCCUGCAGUUCCUGGUGCACCAAGGAGUGAUUCAGGACUGCGGCAACAAGACCAGGAUCAGCCUGUUCAUACAGAUAGCCAUGUGCCUGUCCAACAUCACCUGCUGUCUGGACGCCCUGUGCUACUACUUCAUCGCUCAUGAGGUGAGGAGCACCAAAAGCACCUUCAGGCUGUCAAUGAUCAGCCAAAGAAGAGCCACCUUCAGCUCUUCAGAGGUCUAAACACAGGACAAAGACAAUUCAAGUAAAAACAUAAUUUGUCCUCAGAGCACUGCUGGUAGUGAAUACAAGCGCUGGCUUCUUGAGUUUUAGCUAGGCAGCGAAACUGAAAAAGGGCCAGUGUUGUUUCCAGUAGGUGAUUUAGGCAAAUGUGGCAAGCACUAAGAGCAAGGUGUGGAAAUGAAGCAGGUUAGAGUGCAAUCUCAAUUAACCACAGUGCUGAGAGUAAAGCUACAGUGUUGUAUAGGGAGAAGAUCUGACGAGCAGUGAUAUAUGAUUUGGUCCAGUGACAGGAAGCCGGUAGGCACCUCUGUAACCUCAAAGAGCUAAACCAAACGUUGCAAAAACAAUGUGACUUAUUUCUAAAAUGAUUUAAGGAAGAGCUUGUGAGAUGGCUCAAAGCACACUCGGGUCACCUAGUCGUGCACACUGACAAUGAGUGAGAAACUGAUGCGGUGUACGAUUCAUUUUAAAACAGUAAAACUGGGCACCAGCAGCUCAUUGCAGAGUUUUGUAAUCUGUGCUCAAGAAGUCGAGUCUGUUCUGAAGCCGUCAUUAAAGACAACACCAACCAUCUGAGAUCAGGGCCGAUACAUUUCAGACCAAUAUGGCUCAAUAAAUACAAUUAGUAAAUUGUGAAACUUCUUAUAAGACACAACUAAUUAUGAUAAUAAUCAUAGGAUUAUUUAUAAAGCAUCUCACAUAUAUAAAAUGCAGAUUUAUAUAAAAAGUCAAAUUAAAAUGUUCAUUUAAACAUUCAUAAUAUACAUAUUUCCAUAUUUACGUAUCUAGUACAUGAAUAAAUCACGAUCUGUAAAUCUCACAAAGACACCAACCAAUUGUGAUCUUGAAACACAUGAAUGUAAUUAAUUAGCAUUCAUUAAUAAUUAUUUAGAAUUACUAUCUUAAUAACAGGUUUUUAUAAACUUUAAAUGACAAAACGUUUCAUUACUGUCUUAAUUGCUGAUGUUUUCUUAGUUUGGUUCUUUGGCACAUUGUGACUGAAGAAAUAUUACUUACUUCUAAUACAAGUAAGUAUAUCUAUCAUUGAUUAAUAAGUUACUGUAAAUAUAGCAUCAGAAAUAUAUGUAACAAAUAAAUUCUGGGUAUUCUCACAUUUUUGAGAAUUUGAUGCUGAGACAUUAAUUAAAAUUACAUUUCUGUAUCCAUCCUGUAAAUUAAUAUGUAAAUAAAGCCUAAGGCUGAGUGGCAAAGAUUUUCUACUUGUAUAGAUUUAAAAUUGAUCUCUGACUUUAUUAAUGCAAUCUCAAAUAAUGUUCAGGGGAUUAUAACACAUUUCUUAUGAUUGUCCUAAUAUGACAAAGGAGGCAAGUUCGGCUGAAAGUUUUAUGAAUGCAAACCGACUGACUGUUUUUUUCUAAAUGUAUUCUUACUUAUCAACUUCCUUAGACUCACCACAUUGCAUAAAUAUGGUCAUGACAUAUGUAAAUAUAAUUUUAUAUGUACUUUUUAUUUGAAUUGUUUAUUUUUUGUAGCUUCAAACAUGUGCAAUAAUAUUAUUAAAGUUGUUAAAAGCCAACUGUUAAUGGCAGUCAGCCUGACCUCUGUACUACAAGACUGUUAAGGAGACUAUUUUGAUAUUCGUUUGUUUACAAGAGGACAUAGGAGUUAUGUGAAUGCAGUUAAAGCUAAACCCAAAUGGAAAGUUGUACAUGUAGUACAUGAAGCCGCUCUCUGUCUUAUUUUGCUCAUGUUGAACAGAGUCAACUCGUGGUAACAGUGGAAAGUGUUCAUAAGUCUACACAUCACCCGAUUAUAUUAUUGCUGUUUUUAUUGUACAAAAUAAUCAGUGUAAAGCUCUCUUCUGAAACCAGAAACAAGUCAUAAAACUGUUGUGUUUUGGUUUACUUGCAUUACUUGUGUCUUGUUACUUUCAUUUUGCACUAUCCUCCUCUUUGUUAAGUUUCAAUGUUAUUUGUUUGGGCUUAAUUCCGUUUAGUUUCUGUUUGUUUUUAUUUCUGUUUCUGUCAUUUUUCUCAAGUGAAAUUUGUUUUUGUGAAACCAUGGAGCAUCUUCAUCUGGUCUUUUUCUGUUCUUUUGUGCAACUGGUCUGUAAAAUAAAGAAAGCCCAGACAAAAACAUAAUGAUGUAAAAUGACUAUUUAUCAGAGCAAAGCCCUCUACAAAAGGAUAGUGUAGAUUUUGUUGACUCACAGAAGGUGUUUGUAUUUUUAUAGCAUAAGUUUUAUUUCUAUGGCUGAUGUCUGUUCUGAAACUUAAAGCUCACAUUUAUGUUAGACAUGACACAUGGAUCAAUUUGGCCUUUGAAGAAAAUUGCAGAAAUAAUUCAUUUACUCAACGUUUCUCAACAACUGGCAAGACAUCAAUUUCGAAACCAAAAUUUUCCUCUUCCAUUUUUCAAGUACAGCUAACCACAAGAGAUUUAUCUUGUGAUGUGCGUUACAUUCACCACAAUGAAGCUGCAGUUUAAUGUUCUGUACAAACAAUCAUCCACACAUCCUAAGCAACACAUUAAAAUACGGGUAGCAUGUCCCACAGAAACAGAACUGAUCAGGGCUGUGCCAAUGUCCCAGUUACAUUAUGUCUUUACUUCACAAAGGAAAAAUACAGUCUUUGUUCUCCUUAACAAUUUUUACAUGUCAGAACAUUGUUAGCACAAUCUCCAAUUAUUCCAACCCAUAAUUUGCAGAUUGAUAAUGUGUAUGUGUUACUGAAACUGAUACUGAUGAACAUUCAAAAGACAAAAAGAAAGUUUGAUCAUUUAUUCUUAAAGCAGCAAGAUAUUGCAAGAAAAAUCGACUGUACAGCAAAAUAAGGUAUCCAAGACGAUGAAAUAUGAGCACAUAUCACGGGUCUCUCUCAACAGAGACUUAUUUGAUCCAGGUUGCACAUUAGAAAGACACCCCAAAGUUGGGACAAAUCAACAUUGUAGAGAUUAUAAUGCCAAGAUAGGAAGGACUGGGAACUGGCAAGAGCUAAAGACAACAGGCAAAUCCAAGAGGAGGAAGAGCAAGACAAAAAUCAUUUUGUUUUAGCCUUUGAUAUCAUCUACAGUAAAAAGCAUUCUUUCUAAAUAUUUUAUAAAUCCUUAACAAUAAGCAUAGCAUCGCUGACUGCAGACUUUGGUUCCUUCUGUCCCUCUAAAGCACUGCUACUAAUUACAGUCUAAAGCUAUUAUAUCCAAGGAGUAGGAAAGUGUGAUACCAAAGGAAAUGAUUGUUCACAAAACAAGUCGAUUUCAGAUAAAAAUCUAUGCAUGUAACAAUAUGUUCAAAAUCAUUUUACAUUAUAUAUUGCUUAGGAACAAUCAAAGUUAUAUACACCAUUCAUUAAUGAUAUAAA